AUGUUUGAUGUGAUGGAGGAAGACGAGAAGAACAAUGGUGGCAUUAUACAAGAUUCAACAACUGGGGAUUCUUUAAGAGAGUCUUACUCAAACAAGAAAAAUACCUGGCCUUCUCCAGAUACUCCGGCAGCAUUCUCUUCUGCAAUUUCUUUUCCUAUGGAACUUGCUGAGUUUGCAAAUUCUACAUAUGCCUCACCUUUGCUGUUGCCUCUCAGACUUCAGGCAGUGGAGAAAUUGAGGCCAAUUGAAAUAAAAUACCUCCCAUUCAACUUGUUCCCUACAAAGUCUGCUCACUUUCAUAAUCAAAUGAAAGUAAUGGAUCAAAAAGUUGCUGAAACGAAGGUAGAAAAGGAAGAUGUUUUGCCAGCUAAAGUGAGUAACAUAGAGCCAAAAGAUUCCAAAAACUCUUACAAUUUUCCAAAUAUUCCGAGUUCUGAUUCCAACAUGAUGUCUGACGCAAAAGGAUCAGCAGCAGUAUCGAACCCACCUCCACUGGCAGUGUCCAGUCCAGCUCCAAUUAUGCUACCAGACAUCCAUUUGCCACCCGUCAAUCCACCUUCAAAUGGAACACCAGCACCUCCACUAGUACCACCUUCUGUGGGAUUGGCACCGGUGUCACCAAUUCCCAUGCCACCAGCAAAGGGAGCUACACCGCCACCAGUAAAUGGAGCUACACCACCACCACCCCCUCCUCCACUUGGUGUGGCAAAGGCACCGCUCCCAAGGAAAAAUACCAAAUUAAAGAGAUCAAGCUAUAUGGGAAACAUGUAUAGGCUUCUCAAAGAGAAGGUGGAAGGGUGUGGCUUACGUGUUAAACCUUCUGAAGGGAGAAAACCUAAAAUUGGAGGAGGACCUGCAGGGGGAAAACAGGGAAUGGCUGAUGCACUGGCAGAGAUGACAAAAAGGUAUGCUUCCAGCUUUUGCUGCUCGUAG